AUGGAGCUAAUGGCGAUCAAAUCUCAGGAUUCAAUCAUGACCCAAGAACAGAAUGAGGAAGCAAAUCUGACACGAAUAGAAGAGCCCAGCAGUGAUUACAUUUCCAGCAGAGGAAGCUCGAAAAAGUACAUUGGUCUAUUUGCAAUAUGAUUCAUCCUUAUCAUCGUCGAAUUAAUUGGAGGAAUUUAUUCAAACUCCCUUUCAAUCUAUGCCUUUGCUGGAGCAUUACUAUUUAAUUUCGUUGGGAUUUGCCUCACCACAGUUCUAUCUGGCACCGCUGAAAAUGGAGACUCGUUAUAUAUUACAUAUGGUUAUCACAGGGUAGAGAUAAUUGGAUCUCUUUUAAACGUUAUCUUCAUAUGGAUACUAGUUUUUAUUCUCACUUACAAAGGAAUAUUCAGAAUUUGAAGAGACGAAAUCAAUGAAAUCCACAAUUUCACAUGGAUCGCUGUGAUAGGACUUUUAGGUAAUGUCAUCAUAAAGCUGCUCCAAAAAAAAGCUAUUACGUUUCGCCCAAGUACAAGUUUUGAUUUAUGGCAAGGUGUGCUCGUCAUCUUCACUUCUGUGCUUAUCUUUCUUGACACAAAACUUAGCAGUGCUGACCCUAUCUGCGCAAUUAUCAUAGGUAUCAUGCUUUUGUAUCUCACAAUCCCUAUUACUAAGGAGUGCAUUGAAAUCUUGAUGGAGAAAGUGCCAAGAGAAAUAGAUAUUAAUGAACUUUAUGAGGAACUAAAAGAAGUAAGAUUUAUUUAGAUCACAGAUGUCCUAGAUGUUCAUGAUCUUCACGUUUGGAGCUUAACUUUCGGGAAAUUUGCGAUGACCUGCCAUUUGGCUACGUUUAACCCAGAGCGAGUUCUGGGGGAAGCUUCAAAGAUCUGCACAGAGAAAUUUGAUAUAUUGCAUUUAACUAUUCAAAUCGAGACACCUGAUGAUAAUUCAAAGUGUUUAAAUCUAUCAUCCAGCUAA